AAGCGCGGGAAAGAUUUUGAAAGCGUCGGAAAUAUUUUGAAAGCGCGGGAAGGAUUGGAACAGAUUGAGCUGGGCACGUGUCUGGGCGAAUCCAGGUCGUCGUCGCGUUCGCCGCCGCUGCCGCCCUCGCCGUCGUUCCCGGUAUCUGGGCAUUACGGGAGUUCUUCUUCCGUACAAUGUCCGCAAUUGUACUGACAGUAUUGGUCUGUCAUUGAGGCAUUGAGGGGGGAAGGUUUCCGUACAGUUUGCCGUACAAUUUUGAGAAGAUUGUUUGUACGGUCAAGAAGCUUAUUGUUGUCGAGAGUGGAGCGGACGGCGAUGGCGGCGCCGGGCAGAUGCGCCGCCGCCGCGAGUUCCUCUCGUCUUGUGCCCGUGGAGAUCUUUUCCCGCCAAAAGAUCGUACGACUUCCCGCCGCCGCGGCCAUCGCUGGACGAUGGACAGGACGAUCAGCCGCGUCAGCCGAUGGCUCUCGGAUAGGCCACGUGUCAAGAUCCCGACGCGCCAGCUCAUCAUCCUCCACUUCCGUACGCGCGUCCAGUUCCUCUUCUUCCGAUAGGCCACGUGUCAAGAUCCCGACGCGUCGGGAUCUUGUGGGCGACGAAUCCCGGUCGCUUCGUCACACAGCGGCCGCCGCCGCCGCGGCGGCCAUCGCCAGCUCCUCCUCGUUGCCAUCGCCAUUUUCAUCGCAAGCUGGCUGUUCGUCGGAGUCGUGUCCCGCGCUUUUUUGGCGUGAAGCGAGAGGACGGCCACCCUCGAUUGCUCCCGUCCUCAGGAAGAGCAGACAGCAUGGAGGAGGAGGGGGAGGGGUGGUUGGGGGGGGUUAUGGUGAGGUGGCAUUGGCGGGACCAAGUAGUCUACUUGCCGGCUGGGAUGGCGGGAAGAUACGCCAACGACUCGGCGUGCAAUGCCCCGCCGACCGGUCCGAUCACCUCAACCUGAGAAUUGGCGGGAAUCUGUACAGGAAAUUCGCGGGAGGGUCUCACGGAAAACCGCGUGUUUGUGGAGGAGGAGGAGGAGCCACGUGUGCUUGCCGAGGGGAAGCGGCGGCGCGCCUUGUCCAUGGAGGAAGAGGAGGAGGAGGAGGAGGAGGAGUAGGAGGAGGGAGUGGGUGUGAGGGUCUGCGCUCACUUCAUCGCGACGAGGGGGAACGGCAACGUGGCUAUCGAGCAAUGUGCCACCUGGCAAGUGGUCCCCACUCUGCAAUUCAGAUAGACGAGGAUGAGAAGCAGCAGGAACAGCUGCUGCAGCGGGAGGAAGAGGAAAAGGGCGGGAAAUCGGAGGAGCUCAGAUCUGCUUCCCGCCAAUAUCCUUUCAGCGAGAUCGAAGCCAAGUGGCAGUCGAUCUGGGAGGAGGAGAAGAUUUUCCGCACUCCUGAUGACGUGGACAUGACAAAACCCAAGUACUACGUAUUGGAUAUGUUUCCAUACCCAAGUGGAUCUGGUCUGCAUGUUGGCCAUCCUGAGGGAUACACAGCUACGGACAUUGUGGCUCGGUACAAGAGAAUGAAAGGCUACAACGUGCUCCAUCCAAUGGGUUGGGAUGCAUUUGGACUUCCUGCUGAGCAAUAUGCAUUGGAGACAGGGACACAUCCACGCAUCACAACGGCCAAGAACGUGGAAAGAUUUAGAAAGCAGUUGAAGGCGUUGGGGUUCUCGUACGACUGGGAUCGCGAGAUUGCAACUACGGACCCGGAUUACUACAAAUGGACGCAAUGGAUCUUUCUAAAGCUGUUUGAGAGGGGUCUGGCGUAUCAGGUAUAUGGUGGUAGCCCCGGAGCACCCGCUGGUGGAGUCCAUUACGACCGAAUCACAGCAACAAGAGGUAGAUUCUCUGCAUUUGGUCAUCGAAGCACCUCUCUGUCCCACAUCCGCAGCUCUUCUGUGUCUGCAAUGAUCCGGCCCAACUCCAAAUGCGAUAAGCUUACACGCCUGAUGUGACCUGGCCUGGCCUGGCCUCUGCAUGUUGAACAUCCUUCAGGAAUGAGUGACUUUAUGAGUCCG